CCCCAAACUAGCUACUACGUUCAUUUCAACUUCAGGUUCUCUCUCUCCAACCUAGGUCGACAGUGAGUAUUUUUCCCGGCCCUCCCCACAACCAACCUAGGGAUGUUUAUAGUACUGGUAACCUUGUUAAUUGCGCUGUUGGCUUGGGGAUUUCAAGCCAUCCGACCUCCACCUCCCCGAAUCUGCGGCAUCACCGGUGGCCCACCUGUUACAGCACCUAGAAUAAAGCUCAGGGAUGGAAGGCAUUUGGCCUACAGGGAGCUUGGAGUGUCAAAAGAAGCGGCAAGAUUUAAUAUUAUUUAUAUUCAUGGGCUCAGAACUUGUAGACAUGAUCUAGUGGUUGCAGUAAACCUCACUCCAGGAUUUUUUGAAGAACUAGGUCUCUGCGUUGUGUCCUAUGACAGACCAGGCUAUGGAGAAAGUGAUCCAAAUCCGAAACAAACGGUGAAAAGUUUGGUUUUGGAUAUAGAAGAGCUUGCUGAUCAGUUGGGUCUCGGAUCCAAGUUUUAUGUAAUGGGUAAUUCUAUUGGUGCCCAGAUUGUUUGGGGCUGCCUCAAGUAUAUUCCUCAUAGGCUUGCAGGAGCAGCACUACUCGCUCCUGUGGUCAACUACUGGUGGCAAGGAUUUCCUGCCAACUUGUUAAGAGAGGCCUAUAACAGAGAAUUGGCUCAAGACCAGUGGGCGCUUCGAGUUGCUCACUAUAUCCCAUGGCUAACCUAUUGGUGGAACACGCAGAAGUGGUUUCCUGGAGCAAGCUCUGUAGUCGGUAACAUUAAUACAUUAUCUCCUCACGAUUUUCAAGUGCUCUCCAAGAUUGUUGGGACUAAAAUGUGCAAGGUACAGGCAACACAGCAAGGAGUAUUUGAGUCGAUGCAUCGUACACUGAUGAUUGGAGUUGGGAAUUGGGAAUUCAGUCCAUUAAUGGAUCUUGAGAACCCUUUUCCUAAUAACGAAGGCUCAGUCCAUCUGUGGCAGGGUGAUGAAGAUAGGAUAAUGCCAGUUAAGCUGCAACGCUAUAUUGCCAAUAAGCUUCCAUGGAUUAAAUACCAUGAGUUACCAGGUUCUGGUCAUCUCUUUCCAUGUGCUGUUGGAAUGAGUGAAGUCGUCAUAAGGGCACUUUUGUCUGGGGACAAGAAGCCCACUUUUGAUUGUCUUGUGUAAACAUAAAUAAAAAAGAAGAGCACCAUAGCAUAUGUUACGGUGUUAAUAAGUCCAAUUACUGACCUAUAUAUGUCAGUUAUUGAUCAGGCAGUUUUUACUUUAAAAUUAGGGUAAAUCUAAAAUAAAUUUUUGGAAGCUCAAUUUUAAAUAAGUAUUUUCUUUCGAGUAUCA